UGCCUGUGCGUGAGCGAGGACCGGCGCUGGGUGGCCACAGCUGACCGGGGGCCGGACCCUCUCGUCAUCGUGUGGGACUCGUACUCGGGGAUCCCCGUGCGCACCAUCUUCGACAGCCACCCGGCCGGCGGCGUCGCGGCCAUCGCCAUCUCCCACGACGCAAAGUACUUGGUCACCAUCGGUGCUGGCGCUGUCCAGAGGGUCUGCGUGUGGAAGUGGACGUGCCCCGCGGGGACGCCCGGGGGCAGGGGGCCGUGCCCCGCGGGGACGCCCGUGUGCAGCGCGGAGCUGCCGCCCGCCGCCGGGCGCCAGGAUUUCGUCGUUUUUAACCCCCAGAACGCCUCCGAGUUUGUCAGCAAUGGUAAAAGCCAGGUGAUAUUUUACCAGUGGAGCGACGCUGCUUUGCAGUUCGGCGCGCCGCCUUUGACGGACAAGACCUUCGGCAAAGCGGUGGGACACUUCAGCCAGUCCGUGUUCCAUUUCAACAACUCGCAAGCGCUGACGGGCACCUCGGCGGGGAAGCUGGGGUUGUGGGGAGCGGUGAAAAAAAAACCCCUCCCCCGGGAGCCGCCGCCGAAGCCGCACACCAUGAAGGCCAUCAAACUGGUGCCCGUGCAGAAGGACGGCAUAACCGUGCUCACCGUGUCGGACAGCUAUUUUGUAACGUGCGACGUCAAAGGCGACGUCAAGUUCUACGACGGGCAGCUGCAGCUCGUGAACUGGUACAGCCACCCGCAUGUGGGGCCCAUCCGCUCCAUCUCCUUCUCCAAAGCACCUCCCAGCGCCGCUGCAGACUACGCCAGCUCCUGCACCCUGGGCGGGCAGCCCUUCGUCGUCAGGAACUUUAUCCUUUCAACUGCUGAUGCAACAGUGUUCCACGUUGCAACAGAUGGGACAAAAUAUGAAAAACUCAUGGAGGAGCCCGAGAGAGCUGUGACGGCCAUCGCGUGUCACCCCAAGCAAGCACUCGUCGCGGUGGGGAGUCACUGCGGGCUGCUGCGGGUGUGGGACUACGAGCAGAGCACGUGCCUCGUUAGCAGGAUAUUCGUUGGGGGCAGCAUCCAGAGCCUGUGCUACAGCCCCAAAGGUCACCUCCUGGCAGCCGGCUUUGCCGACGGGACCGUUCACAUCCUCGACGCGAUUUCUCUCUGUUCCAUCUGCCAAGAGUUCAAGUUCUCGCACGGCCCCGUGACUCACAUGAGCUUCUCGCACGAUUCCGAGUACCUCGCGACCGCUGACGAGAACCUGGCGGUGACGGUUUACAGAGGGGUCCUGCGGACGGGGCAGCGGUGCUGGGAGCACCUGGCGGGGCUGCACGCCCACGCGCGGCGCAUCCGCGGCGUCCUCUUCGGCGUGCAGCUCGACAGCGACGAGCCCCGGCUGCUGAGCCUCGCCGAGGACAGGCAGCUGGUUGAGUACGACCUCAGCAGCAGCAGCAAGGGCCACUUGGCCGUCCUGCGCCGGGACCGCGUAGAGCAGGCGGCCAUGCCGCUCUGCCUGGCCUGGUACCCGCAGCUCGGCGCCGAGUCCUUCAUCCUCACCGCCAACAGCUGCUACAAGAUGAAGCUCUACAACACCACGACCAAAAUGUGCAGAAAGACUGUUUUGGGACCAACCUAUGGCUCCCCUCUGGAGAAGAUGCAAAUCCUCCCAACAAACCUGACGGACCCCCAGAAGCGCUACCUGGCUUACAUCACGAAGGACAAGGUCGGCGUGCAGAUUUUGCCUGCUGACGGGAACCCCCACAAGUCCUCCGCCUUCAUCUGCCACCCGGACGGCGUGGCCGACCUCGCCAGCUCCUACGACGGGCGCUACCUCUUCACGGCCGGCGGGGACGACCGCACGGUGAUGCAGUGGGAGGUCAACCUGCCGGCUCUGGAUGCCGCCGUUUCGCUGGGCGGGCAGGACCUGGAGCCCUUCUACAACCUGCUGGAUGGCGGCAGGGACGGCGACUUCUUCAGGGAACUGGAGGACUAUUUUUACUAUGCACAGCUGCGCAGCCACGGCAUUGAUACGAUGGAGACCAGGCAGGUGUCAACGCACAUUCCCCUGGAGGAAAUUCCUUUUGUAAUGAGAGCAAUGGGAUUUUAUCCCUCUGAGGAAAAGAUUGAAGAAAUGAUAAAUGAAGUCAAGUUCAGCGAGUACGUGGAUAGUGGAAAACAAGUGACAAAAAUCAAUUUAGGGGACUUUAUCAAACUUUAUAUAAAUCAUCGACCUGCAUUCGGCUUGUCAAUGAAAAAAAUACGGAGAGCAUUUGAGGUCCUUGGUUAUGAUAAUGAGAAUGGAGAAAAAGUUAUCGACAGAGGAGACUUGCUCUUGCUGCUUCAGCGCAGAGGAGAGCACAUGACGGAGGAAGAGCUGGCAACCUGCCUGACCACCUUGCUGGGCACGAAUCCAGAGGGAGGAAUAUCCGAACCGGGCACCUGCGAUCCCUCAGGUGCAGCAGCCUCACUGGAAGAAGAAAUUCCAGAUGAAAUCACAGCAGAGAUAUUCACUGCUGACAUUCUUGGCUUACCUAUUCCUGAACCAAAGAACAAAACAGAAGAAAGAAAGGAACCUUUGAGCCCUGAAGGCUCAGAAUCGUAG